GCUAGCCACUUUUUAAAAGUAUUUCUUGCAACAAUGUUUCUAACGCAACCACCAGUCAUGUCUCCCCCCUCUCUACUUUUCUCUCUCUUUCUCCUUCUACUCCACCGGGCUCUCUUCUCCACAGCCAUUCUCCACAAAAGCAGCCUCAUCGGAGCAGACGCUCUCUCCCAGAGAACAACCCUCAAGGACACCCCACCAACUCUCUUCUUUGAAGUAACCAAGCCCAUCCAACUCCCCAACACCAAGCCUUGCUCUUACCUCAUCCUCCAACACGACUUUGGCUACACUUAUGGCAAGUCCCCAGUGCUUGCGAACUACACCCCUCCCUCGGAAUGCCCGUCUCGAAAAUUCUCCAAGAUUGUCCUUGAAUGGAAUUCAACCUGUAAAGGCAGGCAAUUCGACCGCAUCUUUGGCAUUUGGCUUGGUGGGGUUGAGCUUCUUCGUAGCUGCACGGCGGAGCCGAGGGCUACAGGGAUUGCUUGGAGCGUCGAAAAGGACAUUACGAGGUAUUAUUCGUUGCUUAUGAAGAAUCAAACUCUUGCUGUUUAUCUUGGUAAUCUGAUUGAUAGUACGUAUACUGGGGUGUACCAUGUGAAUAUAACCCUUCGUUUUUAUACCGUUGAGAAAAAAUCCGAUGAUUUUGGGUCGACCUCGGAUAACUCAGUUGCCAAGUAUCAUUUCCCGGCUGAUUUGAUCUUACCCUUUUCGCGAGACCUGCCGUUGAAUGAUGGGUUGUGGUUUGAAAUUGAGAACUCCACCGAUUUUGCGUCGAAGGAAUUCGAGAUUCCUCGAAAUGCUUAUAGGGCUGUGCUGGAGGUGUAUGUUUCAUUCCAUGAGAGUGAUGAAUCUUGGUAUUCGAAUCCUCCGAACGAGUUCAUCGAGGCAAAUAAUCUUACUGAUACGCCCGGAAAUGGGCCUUUUAGGGAGGUUGUGGUUAGUCUUGAUGACGAGGUUAUCGGUGUAGUUUGGCCUUUUACCGUGAUUUAUACAGGAGGGGUCAAUCCUCUGUUAUGGAGACCCAUCACUGGCAUUGGAUCAUUCAAUCUCCCUUCCUAUAAUAUUGAAAUCACGCCAUUUUUGGCGAAGAUAUUGGAUGGAAAGGCCCAUACGUUUGAAUUUAGUGUGACAAAUGCCUUGAAUGUCUGGUACAUAGAUGCAAAUUUGCAUCUUUGGUUGGACAGCAAGAGCACUAAAACAGAAGCGGAGCUUUUAAAGCACGAUAGUUUGCCUCUUGCUGUUUCAGCGGUAUCUAAUUUCAAGGGUUUGAAUGGAACGUUUUUUAAUAGUGCAAACAGGUCCAUAUCCUCGACUGGAUGGGUGAGAUCUUCCCAUGGGAAUCUCACAACCAAUUGGAUUCAAAACCUCCGUUACAGUAAUUCAAUGGUGGUGGGGAGCAAUGGGACUUUGCAGGUUGUGAAUCAGACCAUCCAUUUCAAUGACAGUGUUCAUGCGAAGAUGUCAUCCUCAUCUGUUUACUCGGCGGAAUCACACAAAGAAUUCUCCCUUUAUUUAUACUACAACUACUUGGAUCAAGGAAAUGAAACUUCUUUUUCUCUUGAAAACAUCACGAUAGGAUUUAAUGAGAAAAAGUCCGAGGCUUCUGCUUUAGAAUUAUCAAAGAGCUCUCUACAAAAUGUACAGAAUGGGCAGGGCUAUAUGACUGUGAAGGACAACUUGGUAGUCAGCGGAUUGGGCAGUACACAACAAGUGUACAAAUAUGAUGACAGCAAUUCCUGUUACUUCAGGAAUGUAAGCAGCUCGAACUAUACCAUUCUGUACGAUAAAGUGGGAAACACAUAUAAUGGAAGAAUGCAGUCUCAUUUCGAUCUUUGAUCAAGCACAUGGUGGCCUUUUUCACGCACCCAGUUUCAUUGAUAACAGUUAAGGAGUUCAAGUCUAUUCAUCUUGCUUCAUAAAAAGUGCAAUGUAGUCCAUACUCAUUACGAGACAGACUUGUUUUGUGGAUAUUGUUGUAAAUUGCUAUCAAGUUAUUUGCGUUAAAAACUAAAAAGUAACCCUGGUUUUUGUUUCACAAGAGAUGGAGAACAUUUUCUGUA